AUGUCGACAAAAGCAAAGUUGACUCUGGCUGCCACGUCGCUUGGUGCCCUUGGUAUCAUCGUCUUCGUGCACCGUGGACAAAAGGUCGAGAAAGCCGUAAGUCUGCUCCUUCUUGUCUACUUUUCUCGUGCUAACUUCGGGACCAGGNCAAUGCACGCAGGUGUCAUUCGCGACAUGGAGCAGCAAAGGAUAAAGAGGGAGCGCCAACUCGACUUCGACAUGCAAGCCCAGCUGGAAAAGGAAUACCGCAAACUUCAAUCCGUCUCUGACGGCCGCAGUCCAGAAUAA